ACAUCUCGUGCAAACGUGACGCCCCCACAACCCAUUCCCUCCUCUCCCUUUCCCUCAUCGCCUGCACCCUCUUCACGAUAUUGCCUUCGCGUUCAUCACCACGCCCCAUCGCCAUCAUCAAAGGCUUCAUUGCACAAGGCUGUGUACUCUCGAAUCAACACUUCAAGACGCGCCUCGAGGGCCUGGCCAAAAAAAUUGUCUGAGGUCCAUCUCCAGGACCACACGGGCGCGUCCUUCCCGCACUCCACCCACACUCAUCCCUCUCUGGUCUGCCCGCUAUGAACGGUACGGAGGCAUUAGGAGUGGGCGACGGCGCCAUGCCCCAGCAUUACGAGAUGCUCGACACCCCCGAUUACACCGACUCCGAAUCCCAGGCCACGGGGACGCGUGCUAGCAGCGUCGCCCCCGAACAUGCUGGCGCUACUGAUGGACGGAAGAAGAGAUGGGAGGGCAACGCUCUCCGAAAGAGCAUGUUUGGCAAGAAGCACGAGCGACUGGGCGAGAGCAAGGAGGAUGAUUCCGUCCGCCGCUUCAGAUACCUGCUUGGCCUCACCGACCUCUUCCGCCAUUUCAUCGAUACCAAUCCCGACCCCAAGAUUCGUGGCAUCAUGGAAGAGAUUGACCGCCAGGAUCAGGAAGAGCUGAUCAAGGCUGCCGGUAGCAAGCGAAAAGGCGGCGCUGCGGGUGACCGACGAAGACGAACGGAGAAGGAGGAAGACGCCGAGCUGCUGCGUCAAGGGAAGCAGGAGGGCAAGGCGGAGCACACCAUCUUCCGUGAAAGCCCCAGCUACAUUCAGAAUGGCGAGAUGAGAGACUAUCAAGUUGCCGGCUUGAACUGGCUUAUCAGCUUGCACGAGAACGGUAUUUCUGGCAUUCUCGCCGAUGAGAUGGGUCUCGGCAAGACGCUGCAGACCAUCUCGUUCCUCGGAUAUCUUCGCUUCGUCAGAGGCAUCACUGGCCCACACCUCGUCGUGGUCCCCAAAUCCACCCUCGACAACUGGUCACGAGAAUUCAAGAUGUGGAUCCCCGAGGUCAACGUGCUCGUCUUACAAGGUGCAAAGGAUGAGCGCCACGAUCUAAUCAAUGAGCGGCUCGUCGAUGAGAAGUUCGACGUCUGCAUCACCUCGUACGAGAUGAUUCUGAGAGAAAAGUCACAUCUCAAGAAAUUUGCAUGGGAGUACAUCAUCAUUGACGAGGCGCAUCGCAUCAAGAACGAGGAGUCUGCUCUGGCCCAAAUCAUCCGCAUCUUCAACUCGCGCAAUCGCCUCCUCAUCACCGGCACGCCACUCCAGAACAACCUCCAUGAACUCUGGGCGUUGCUCAACUUCCUCCUUCCCGACGUCUUUGGCGACUCCGAAGCCUUCGACCAAUGGUUCAGCAGUCAAGAUGCAAACCAGGACGAGGUGGUUCAGCAGCUGCACAAAGUCCUGCGCCCCUUCUUGCUGCGUCGGGUCAAGAGCGAUGUGGAAAAGAGCCUGCUUCCCAAGAAAGAGAUCAAUCUGUACGUGGGCAUGAGCGCAAUGCAGAUCAAAUGGUACAAAAGCAUUCUCGAGAAGGAUAUCGAUGCUGUCAACGGAGCGGCGGGCAACAAGGAGAGCAAGACUCGACUGCUCAACAUCGUCAUGCAGCUGCGCAAGUGCUGCAAUCACCCCUACCUAUUCGAUGGAGCUGAGCCGGGGCCACCAUACACCACAGACGAACAUCUUGUCGAGAACGCAGCGAAGAUGGUCAUGCUGGACAAGUUGCUCCGCCGGAUGCAAGACCAAGGCAGCCGCGUGCUCAUCUUUUCUCAAAUGAGUCGUGUGCUUGACAUUCUCGAGGACUACAGCGUCAUGCGCGGCUUCCAGUAUUGCCGUAUCGACGGUUCGACAGCACAUGAGGAUCGUAUUGCCGCGAUUGAUGAAUACAACAAGGAAGGCUCGGAGAAGUUUCUCUUCUUGCUUACCACGCGUGCUGGUGGUCUCGGAAUCAAUUUGACGUCCGCCGACAUUGUCGUUCUGUUUGACUCCGACUGGAACCCUCAGGCCGAUCUGCAAGCCAUGGAUCGUGCCCACCGCAUCGGCCAAACGAAGCAGGUUGUCGUCUUCCGAUUUGUCACUGAGAACGCAAUCGAAGAGAAAGUGCUGGAGCGUGCUGCGCAGAAACUACGUCUGGAUCAGCUGGUCAUUCAACAAGGCCGCGCUCAACAGCAGGCCAAGCAAGCAGCUUCAAAGGACGAGCUUCUUGGUAUGAUCCAACAUGGCGCGGAGACCAUCUUCGAGCAGAAGGAGGGCAUGGGCACGCUUGGAGAGAAGGAUGAGUUGACUGAUGUCGCUUUCGAGGAUAUCCUUCGCAAGGGUGAAGAGCGGACGAAAGUGAUGAACGCCAAGUAUGAGAAGCUGGGCAUCGACGACCUGCAAAAGUUCAGUUCCGAGUCCGGCACGUACGACUGGAACGGCGAGAGCUUUGUGAAUGCGCGCAAGAAGGAGAUUGGGCUGAACUGGAUCAAUCCUUCGAAGCGUGAGAGGAAGGAGCAGAGCUAUUCCAUGGACAAGUACUACCGCACUGCAUUGUCCACGGGUGGGCCGCGCCCGGAUCCGAAGCCAAAGGUGCCUCGUGCGCCCAAGCAGAUGGCCAUGCACGAGUAUCAGUUCUUCUCACCACGGCUCGGAGAUUUGCAGGAGAAGGAGACGGCGUGGUUCCGCAAGGAGCAUGGAAUCAAGGCCCCGCUCCCCGACGGAACGGAGGAAGAGAUGGAGUCGAGACUGGAAGACCAGGCAUUGGAGCAAAAGAUGAUUGACGAAGCCGAGCCACUGACGGAAGAAGAGGUAGCCGAGAAGAACACGCUCCAGCAAGAGGGCUUCGGCGACUGGAACAAGCGCGAUUUCCAACAGUUCAUCAACGGCAGCGCCAAGUCCGGACGGACCAAUUAUGCAGACAUUGCGCUGGAAGUCGACAGCAAAGACGAAAAGGAGGUGAAGGAGUAUGCCAAAGUCUUCUGGAAGCGGUAUCGCGAGCUCUACACCUGGGAGAAGUACAUUAUGCAAAUCGAAGAUGGCGAGCAAAAGACGAAGCGCGUGGCCGCGCAGCGAGCCAUGCUGCACAAGAAGAUCAAAAUGUACCGCGUGCCGCUCCAGCAGCUCAAGCUCAGCUACACCGUCAGCACGACGAACAAGAAGGUGUACACGGAGGAGGAGGAUCGCUUCCUGCUCGUCAUGCUGGACAAGUACGGGCUGGACUCGGAGGGGCUGUACGAGAAGAUUCGCGACGAGAUUCGCGAGAGCCCGCUGUUCCGCUUCGAUUGGUUCUUCUUGUCGCGCACGCCGACGGAGCUGAGUCGACGCUGUGCGACGCUUGUCACGACUGUUACGCGCGAGUUUGAGGGCCCGGCGGCUGGGAAGGAGAAUGCAGGGAGUAAGCGGGCACAGGAUGAUGAGAGUGAGGAGGAUGAGCCGGCGGGGAAGAAGCGGAAGAGUACUGGGGGUGCUGCCAAGAACAAAGCCAUCAACGGCGUCAAGGGCACUCCCAAUGGUGUGUCGCGCGCCGCGAGCGAGGACACUGUAGGCUCGGGUGGGGGGAGCAAGACGAAGAGCAAAGGGAGGAAGAAGUAGAUGAGUGUGUGGUCGGCGACGUGAUACGAUGCUUGUGGGGAACUGGAGUUGAGUGGAUGCAUAUGGAGCUUCUUUUCGGGGCAGUCGUUUAGAUUAUGGUACACGGCCUGGGGCGCUUGACGAGUGACUGGGCAUGGUGUAAUUCGGUGUAGGCAUUAGAAAUCGAGCAUGUUCAUGAAUCGAGGCAGUC